ACCCGAUUCAGGCGCGAAUUUCCCUUAUCUUUUCUUCUCGCUUAUCAACUACACAAAUCCACAAUCAUCUCAGUCUGAUAUAAUCCUUAUAAACUUUCCAAAAAUAUGGUCCCUCGUUUUCUAGUAUUCUCAGUUUUGGCUUCACUUGCAACUGGACCACCGACUGCUGACGCUUUCUUGGCUUCGGCGUUCUCGUCGGUAUCUCAGGCGGGAAAAACAGCAAAUUGUCAUGAUUGGAGUGAAUAUGGACCUUGUUUCAGCACUGCAGACCGAUCAUUCUGGCGUACGCUUCCCCAGCAAUGCUACCAAAACCGUUACAUGUCCCUCAUCACAGGAAUCGGUAACCCAAUCGUUCAGAAAGUGAUGGACUACGCGGAGCUCUUCAACAAAUCGGCGACGGCAUGCGGAAUGUGCAAUGUUCAAGUCGCGUGUUCACCCAGAUGUGAUUAUGUAGCUGGAGGCAAUUCAAUCGGUGUUGUCGACCGGAUUUGUGAUCUUCCAACCGAGAAACAGGCGUGCGCAAUGACUCCACAGGCAUUUGACGAGGACACUGGACUUUGUAGAGUAUGGCCACCGAGACAUACUACAGCCGUGGAUUUCCUUGGUGCAAUUGUCCCACCAACAAUUCGAGAUCAAGUAUGGUCCUUAAAACCGCUAAGCUGCAUCAGUAUAAGCGGAAAAUGUUAUUGUUGCUGUGCUCCGUAUACUCCAAAUCCAUGUGAUGCUCAAUGCACACUUCAUCCAUGUUCCCGGCGGCAAACAUUUUCAAAGACUCAAGUCAAGAUUUUGAGGCGAAAAUGGCUUCAGAAACAAGAGGAGCGACGUGAGGAAGAGGAAGAGUGAUUUAAUUUAAAUGAAAAAAUCAAUAAUAAAUUUUGAAAAUUCAUUUAAUAAAAACCUUAAUAAAAGUCUAAAAAC